AAUGACUCCUCUUUUUGCAUUUCUAUAGUACAUAACUGGUAAAGCAAAAAAAAAAAAAAAAUAAUAGUAUGCCUACUACUUUUCUUUUCUGGAAUAUAGAAGGAAGUUUCCUCCAAACAGCUGUAUUAUCAAACUUCCUGUAAUGCUUGUUUCAGCAGUUUUGUUUUCAGAGAAAUGAUAACCUAUAAAAAGGAGUUACACCCGCACUCACACAACACAAAAGAUCAGACCCCUGACGGCAGCAGACUGACACAGGAUGAUGAAGAUGUCAGGAAGAGUCACUGGUUGCUGUGUAGCUCUGUUCCUUGUCCUGACCUCGGUUUCGGCGGUACAAAAACUCCGUUCAAUCAAUGCUUUGAAGAAAAUCAACUUUGGCCAACCUGUGCCCAAGCAUAGUCUUAUGCUGCUCCACUGGUUUGCCAACGUAGUUGACAUCGACAAUAACAACGUCAUCUGGCUGACCUUUGACCCAAACAGUGGAGAUUAUGGCUCACAUCAUUAUGGCAACUAUGAGGAGCUGUUGGACCCACUACCUCAAGGAAAUGUCAGAUACUACACUGUUGGCAAUCUCAAUCAAAACACACCCAUGCAACUUCCAUCUUAUGUUGUCCGUCCACCAAGGGACUAUUUGGGAAGAAACAGGGACAGGAUCAUCAUUAGAGUCAGGGAGCAGAACACCGGUUUGCAGAGGAUCGAACAAGUGUAUAUCACACAGCAUUACGAGACGUCUGAAAAUCAGGGGACACCUUAUGAUCCAGCUCACACCUACCAGAUCACUACUAACCUCUUGAGACAGAUCAGAGAGUUUUCUGUGGGAGAAAACCAACAGACACUGACUCACCUCAGAAACCAAUUUGGAAGUAACGCUGAUGAGUUUCAGUUAAGGAACAUCAUAAUCAAAUGGGGUGACCUUGCCUGUCUAGGACUGCUCUUGUUUAUUGUGAUCCAAGAAAAGUACCCCUCCAACCAACACAACAACAGACCGGAAAACAAUGACAGACCAGAAAACAACAACAACAGACGGGAAAUCGAUAACAGACCCGAGAGACAAAUUCCUUGUGGCCGUGAUGUUUUCGCAAUCUGCUGUUUUUUUAUAGUUAUUGUAGCAUUAAUAAUUAUUUUUUUGUGCAUUUAUUUUGCAACUAGAUGAGGAAUGAGGGAGAGCAACGUUCUUGGAUAUUGUCUAAAUAAAGUUGCUAUGGAAGUGCUUUACAAGGACAGUGAGGACCAUGAAGCCAGCGGGACAGUGACCUUUUUCUUUUGGCAUUGGAAACAAAACCUGAACUGAAAAAGAACACUGGCAUUGAAACACUUUCAAUAAAAGAAUGACACAUUU